UUCCCCCCGCUUUCUAUGGUGACGAAUCCGAGCAUCAGUUUGGUUCAGCAGUCUUAUCUGUAAUCGUUCGUGGGAUGUCGUGUCAUCAUCGUUCUUGUCUUUCGUUUGAUGUUUCGGGGAAUGCGAAUUCGAAGAGCGGUCGCAUCUCCUCUGUCGCUCCUCGCUGGCACCGCCGCUCGACUGGGUUGCUGCGAUCACUUCCAUUUUGAGAUUUUCUGAAGCUUUGGGAUAAUGGGUUUCUCUACUGUAUAUCGGUGCUUGCAGGAGCUAUUUCCACAGCUUGAUGCUCGCGUGUUGAAGGCAGUUGCAAUUGAAAAUUCUAAGGAUGCGGAUGCUGCUGUUGAGGUUGUUCUUUCAGAAAUUCUUCCAUAUGUUUCAGUGCAGGAAAAGCCCCGGAGUUCCCCCUUUCAAUACCUGGGAUCACUUAAUCUAUCUGAUGGAGAAGUUCAAUCAGACCAACUGAGCUCUUUAUCGAGGUGCCAAAGUAUGCCUAAGAAAGCAAAUGCAGCUUCUUCAGAAUCAAAAGCAGCUAGCAGAAAUGGCAAUACUAUAUCUAGCAAUACCAGUCUGCUUGGAAAUUAUCCAAGAAACAGUCAUGAGGCAUCUACCUCCCACAGCAAUGACAAGAGAGGUCAAGCAUUUGAGACCGAAGAACUGAUCGCAUUGGAGAAAGAUCAAGUGCAAGUAACCAGAGUAAUUGAGGCUAAUCAAGAUCCAGAUGUCCAAUUAAUUGCUAAGCCGAAACCACACAGCCUGACUGAAAGUGCAGAAGUGAUUUUGCUGGGGACAACUAAUCAGCCACUUGCCACUCGUGGGAAGACUUUGCACAUUGGGCCAGCUAAAUCUAGUGACGUCUCUAGCUUAACAAUCGCAGAUGCAAAGUUUAAUCAAAGAGGUUCUUGUGGCUCUUGGACGGAUGAUUGUAACAUAAGUGAAAGUGAAAGUAGCCAUCAAUCAGAAUUAACUUUGACUAGCACUUCUCUAAAGACAGGGCAAUCUGGUUGUGAGCAGGCAUUUGAGCAUCCUUUAGUAGCUCUAAAGUGUUAUUUGGAAGCUGAUUCCAUCAAUCUUGUUAGUAACAAUACUGGUGAAAAAGCAGAAGAAGAUGAUGCUGCCUUGAAACACUACUUUGGAGAGGAGUCACCCUUGAAGUUGAAAAACACCUACUCUGGCGAAAUUCAUGAACUUAUCAGAUGGAUCAUUGAGAAUGCUAAAGCAUACAAAUGCUCAAUGCUGCAGACUACCCUUUUCUCGGCAAUGGAUUUGGUCGUCAACCUCAUGAAAGAAGUUGAAGAAAAAGAGAAAGUUGCAAAACAAGCUAAAGAGGAAGCUUCUUCGGAGGGAAUUGAUAUUUACUUGAAGAUUGAGGAACUCAAACGGAUGUUAGUGCAUGCAAAGGAAGCAAAUGAUAUGCAUGCAGCUGAGGUUUAUGGAGAGAGAGUUAUUUUAUCGACUGAAGCAAGGGAGCUUCAAUCCCAUUUACUCAGGUUGUUGGAUGAAAGGGACAAAUCUCUUGCAAUUAUUGUUCAGAUGCGCCAAGAACUUGAAAUUCGACUUUCUGCAGCAGAGGAUGUAAAAAAAGUUGCCAAGAAGGAAAGGCUUGAAAAAGAAGCCGCUGCUCAACAUGCUUUGGCUGAACAGCAAGCUCUCCUGGAGAAGGUGCUUCAUGAGUCUAAGUUAUUACAGGAAGAGGAAGAACAGAACAACAAGCUGCAAGCAUUUCUCUUGGAUCAUGGCUGUAUUGUUGAUGCACUCCAAGGGGAGAUGAAUUUCAUCUGCCAGGAUGUGAGGUCACUCAAAGAAAAUUUCGAUAGGGGCGUUCAGUUGAGCAAAUCUGUUUCCUCGAGGAAGAUCAGUCGCACUACAUCUUCAUCCUCCAGCUCAAAUAUAAGCAGUAUUUUCACUGAUACAAAACCUGAACGAGGCAAAACGCUAAAGAUUCCAAACAACAUAGGACCUCUGAACUCAAUUGAUGACAUUGGCUUGCCUUCAAAGAGAGUUAUCGAAGAGGAAGAAGCCCGCAUUGGUUGGAAGGAGCUGGAGGAUGAAGGAUGGGAAUUGUUCGAAGGUAACUGAGAAUCGUAAACCCGACUUGUAAAAAUGAUAUGUAAUGUGUAUGGAAGAUAUGAUUUAUACUGUGUAUGGAAGAUAUGAUUUAUACCACUCCUCGUGUUGUGGUGCAUAUGAUAUGGCUCCUGUAGUUUCAGCCGAAGGUCUAUGUUCUGCCUUUUUUGUGGCUUAAGGUAAUGGUUUGUCAAUCUUUCUCUGUACAGAAAGUAUUAGUACAAUCAUUGAAGAGUUUGCAGAUACAUUUACUUUAUUUAA